UUGGCUAGUGUAUAAAUAUAGCGAUAGAUCUUCCUUGUUUCAAGUUCCAAUGAGUGGAAGGAAGAAACUCUGUUAAACAGCAAAAAUAUUCUGGUGAACUCUCUAAGCCGACAUCAAUCAUGGCAGAUUCUGCUGAAAGACAAAAUACAGCCAGCUUGGAAGAUAAAUUGCACAAAAUCAAUGAAAUUAUCAAGCAAAGUACUGUAAUGGAAGAGGGUACUCUUCCUCGAUAUCGUCUGAAACCAAGAACAGACUCUGCUGAUAAUUAUCCAUCAUAUAGAAAAAUUACCUUUGGAGAAAGAGAAAGAGAUAACAACAAAACCCAUAAAACCAUUCUAAUGGUGGGAGAAACAGGAGCAGGAAAAACAACACUGAUCAAUGCAAUGGUAAACUACAUCUUAAGGAUAGAGAAAAAUGAUAAAGUUUGGUUUGAGAUUACAGAUGACAACAGUGAUGAACAUCGGUCUUUAGUUCAAAGUCAGACCUCCAGGAUUACUAUCUAUGACUUAAAUCUACAAGACCGUAAAAUCUAUUUAACAAUCAUCGACACACCAGGAUAUGGAGACACACAUGACAUUCAGAAUGAUAAAGAGAUCGCCAUGAGUUUGCUUAAUUUAAGCAGAUGCAAUGACUGGGUCCAUGAAAUACACACAGUGUGUUUGGCGAUUAAAGCAACAGAGAAUCGACUCUCUGACAGACAACAAUACAUAUUUGAUGCUGUUCAGUCUUUGUUUGGAAGAGAUAUUGCUGAAAACAUUGUCUUGCUCUUCACACACUCAUGUUUAUGUCCUAAAAAUGCCCUGAUGGCUGUUAAAGAGGCUAAAGUCAAGUGUGCAGUAAAUGACAAGAAUCAGCCAGUGUUUUUCACGUUUAACAAUUGUCAUUCAGAAGCUGCUGAUCAAAAAGAUGAAAAUAUGGAGAAUUAUGCAUGGAAACUCAGUAAUGAAGGAAUGAAAGGACUGUUCAAUUUUCUUGACAACAUAAAACCAAAAACCCUAAAGAUGACUCAAAAUGUGUUACAACAACAGAAGCAGCUGGAGGCAAAUAUCUUUAAUUUACAAUCACGUGUUCAAGAGAUGGAACUAAAGCAAAAUGAGCUGACACAAACUCAAGAAGCUCUGGAAAAGAACAAGGAAGAUGUCAGGAACAAUAAAAAUUUUGAGUAUGAAGUUGAAGUGACCUACAAAGAGAAGAUUCCCAUAGAUCCAAAAAUGUGGCGCUUGACCAAAAAGGCAACAUGCUGCACCAUCUGUGAGGAGAACUGUCAUUAUCCAGGAUGUUGGUGGGCCGAUGAUAUCUCAUGGUGCAGCGUGAUGAAAGAUGAUUAUUGUACAGUGUGCACAAAUAAAUGCCACUACAGCAGACAUGUCAAAGAAGCAAAAAUAUAUGAAGCAAAGAAAGAGAAGAAAACGAGAACCUAUGAAGAAUUAAAAAAUAAAUAUUUUGGUGAGAUUUGUGCUGGUAAGUCUCUGGUCAAGAAGCUGGAAGAAGAACUGCAAGAAUUAGAAAUCAAGAAGACACAGCUGGUGAAUGAAGCUUUUGACUGUGUGGUAAAUCUGGAGAUGACUGCACUCAAUCCUGAUUCUCUGCUAAUACUACUGCAUGUUGAUUUUCUGACUGAGAAACUGAGGGAAAUUAAAAUGUUUGAAAAGGCCAAAAUACUGGAAGACAUAAAGAGGAGAGCAGGAGGACAUAAAAAAGGAGCACUGGGAUAUUUCACAAGAUUAGUUAAAAAAUAAACAUAAAUAAUACCUCAGCUACAAAAACCUGCUGAAAAAAAAAAAAAAAAACUAGGAUCCUGAAAAUGUUUUUGUUUCUUUCAAAGCAUGUGUUUCAGCUGAUGUAAAGAUGUAGUUUUAAUUAUUGCAAUUGCAAGGUUUUAUGAAUCUAACAUGUUUCUUUACACUUGUGUUUCACAUGUGUUUUGUUUUGGAUAGAGGGCAUGUGCAAAAUUAACUGAUGUAAAUUGCUAUAUUGAUUACCAACAUGUGUUUCUUGGAAUCAAUAAAUUUG